AUGGCAAUUGAUAAGCCUGAUUCAUCUAACUUUAUUGGAUUUCCAAGAAGUGUUUCAGAAAUAAUUUACGAUUGUUUCGAUUAUCACUAUAGACCAAUUAAUAAUAAUUUUACAAAAUUGGAGAAUAUUACGUACUAUAAUGCAACUAAUUCCAUACAUGAAGACAGCGUUAUGAUUCAUGGGGAUACAAUUGAAAUUACUUAUUUAAAUGAAACAUAUUCGAGAUCAAUUAACUCUUAUUGUCCAAUAUUACGUAGUCAAUCAACAGUUGCACAUAUAAGUAUGGCAGUAGCUUCAAUUACUAUGUUCGCUCACUUUAUCAUGGUGUUCUCUGUUAAUAAAAGUUUGAGAAGACUUUAUGGGAAUUGUUUGUCGCUUAUCAUUUUAUUCAAUUCACUACACAAUGGAGUCUUAUUUUUUAGUGCAUACAUGCCAUCAACAAUUAGUUUCAAUAUGACUAAUAAAGAAGUAACUUAUUUUACUAGAGAAAAUAUGUUUUUUAACUGCCGAUUCAUGGAUUUCCUAACACAUUAUCUUAUUCUGUCUAUAUAUCUUGGAAUAUUUUUCGGUUUAUUUGAACACCAUUUACAAUUGAAUCAUUGUUACAAGCAUUCAUCCAUCAAAACAAAAUCAUGGAAUUUCAAAUCGCCUCACUGUUUGUGGAAAAAACAGAAAUGUCCAAGUACAUCUUGUCAAAAAACAAAGUAUAAUGAUUGGUUUACUAAUUCAUGUGCAAUAACUGGUGUUCCAAAGGGCAAUUUUGUUAGAAAAUUUCAAUGUGUUAUAACCCAACCAGAAGCUAAAUUCAAAACAGUUCGGUCAUUAGAGCGAAUUAAGAAAGAUCAAGAAAGAAAAACAAGAUUUGUAGCACUGAAAGAUGGAUAUUCCAGUCAUCAGAGCAAUAUAAUUCCACGUGUCAUUAAUAAUGAUGUAAGGAUGCAUAAUAAUCGUAUGCGGAAUUUCAUUGUAAUAAGUAGUAUUGUUUUUUUACCAAUUUUUCCAACAACCUAUGGAAUUUGGGCUUCAUAUUAUUUAAAUUUGAAUAGCAUAUGGAAUCCUGCUUAUGGAAUUAUUACAUGCGGCAAUCUAGGUGGUUGUUUAACUGCUUACCAAUGGUUAAUGCAUAUACCAGUUGCUUUUUUAUGUUUUGCAUCUAUUGUUCUUAUUAUUUUAAUAUCAAUUAAAACUGAUACAAAUUGUCUUAUACAAGCUCAUUUUUCAUCACAAUCAGUGGAUGUGAAAGCACGUUUUCGAAUGUUUAGCAAAAUGGCGAUAAGUCAUACCUUCUUAUGGAUACUUGCAUUCAUAUCAAAUUAUAUAUGUCAUACUAUUGUAUGGCAAUUCUACGGAAUUUUUAUAGCUUUACAAAGUCUUUAUAUUAUUGUUAGUUUUACAUUUUCACGACCAUUUUUAGAAGUAUUAUUUAAACGUGAUGAUCCAUUAGGACGUUUAAAACUAGAUAAUUUAGCUAUGCAAUUACCUUUGGGUGUGUUUCACAGUCAUAGAUCAAUUCCAAUGUCAUCAAAUGUAGGUAGCUCAGUUAUAAGUCCACUUAGUAAAUAA